AUGUUUCGUGCCUCUGGCCCUUCCUGCUGGGCGGAGGUCUCCAUCAUCGCGCGGCCCCUCGCGCACGCACGCACGCGCGCACCGAGACAUCCAGGCGUGGUGCGCCUUGCCUGCCUUGAGUCGUGUGCUGCCCCCUCGCGGCUCGCAGUCUGUCUCAAUCUGUGCGUUGUACCGGUUGCCAACUUUCUGCGGGUAUUCACUUGA